CACACCAUCAAUCCUAUCAACCACAACUAUCAGAAUGGACUUCAGCGACAACCCCGACCCACUCCCAGCACACACUGGUGACAGUGAAGACAUCUGGGGCUAUCUCGCAUCUUCCUCCGCCGUUGAUCUGGAUUUCAUGAGCCACAACUUGUCAACUCCCACCAGCAUGGCCGAGCUUCAACAGCAUAUUCGCUAUUGGCAAGAUCUUGCGAACCCUGAAGCUUUCGGUGAUACUAAGGAAUCCCGAUCUGUGCUUCCGAGCGAGCGGGAGAAAGCAAUUGCUGAGAUAAUCGACGUUCUGCAAGCAAUGGCCACUGUUCCGCCUCAAGGCGAAGAGGAGCAGCGUCUGAGAGAUGUAUUCACACACUUCGAGAGUACGAUGAACGAGAUGAACUAUCCAUCACUCUUCUUCCGUCUUGCGGACGAGGGACCAAUUGCAAACUUCGAUUCGGUGCCAUCUUCACACAAACUUGUGAACGCGGACAUGUCCGGAUACUACUCUCGACUAGAAGAUAUCGAGACGCCCAUUGGGUUCAAUCUGAUGGAGCUAGACCGGGAACUGGAACUCUUUUUUGGAUUCGAUUGCAGCAGUCCCCUCAGUAAAACCAGCUGUUCUCCCAGAUCCUCACGAUCCAAAUCGUCAUCUCCCUGUGACGGCAAAACCGACGAUCAUGAGGAUCUUUCUUCGUCGUCGAAUGGGGGCGAUUACACUUGCUCCGAGAAGUCGUGCCGCCAAAGCUUCAAGCGGGCCAACGCAUUGCAGAGACACGUUGCAUCGAUACAUGAACGGAGGGGACAGAAGUGCCCCUUCUGCCCCAACGGAAAGAGGGCAUUCAACCGGAGCGAUAAUUUCCAGAGGCAUGUUACCGGUCGGCACAAGAGUAUCCAGGCUGAUAAUACGAAGCUGCAAGCCUGCCUGCAGAGGUUAUAUCAAGGGAAUGGAAGGCGCACGUCAUGGAAAAAAUGAUGUUUCCGUAUAUUUAUGCGCAAUUUGUAUGGUUAAUUUGGAAUGAUUUUGUAUGGUCUUUUGAGGUUUUUGGCGUUAUUUUGGGGGGAUUUCCGUCGAUUUAUUCUGUUUUUGGGCGGCGUAUCUAUCUUUUUUUGAAUAUAUGGAAACGUUUAUUGCCCAUCUCUUGCCCACUGGUAAUCUCGGGGAAGGAG